AUGGACCUGACUGAGCCGAAAGGGCUCUUUUUCGACGUCUACGCGACUCUUAUCGACUGGGAGGCUGGCAUCUACCCACGACUGCUUGCGCUCUCGCAGCAACCCGACUCGCCGGAUCUCAGAGGACAACUUCUGCGUGCCUACCACACCCAUCAAAUUGACAUCUGGAGGGAGUCGCCGACACUGCUGUAUCCUCAAGUCUUGGAGGAGACGUACGCCCGGAUAGCCAAAGAAAGAAACAUCUCCUUCGACCAAGCUGAUGCCGUCACCUUUGGCGGCACAAUCGGCGAAUGGCCAGCAUUUCCAGACACAGUCGAUGCAUUGGGACGGCUAGCCAAGCACUACAAGCUCUUUGUACUCAGCAACGUUGACAACGCAUCGUUCGAGCGGACGCGCACAGGACCCCUCCAGUCAGCGCAUUGGGAUGGUGUCUACACCGCGGAGGACAUCGGCUCCUACAAGCCAGAUCCGAAGAACUAUCAGUACGUCGUCGAUGCUGCCGGCGAGAAGUUCGGGAUCAGCAAGGAACACUUGGUACUGGUUGCGCAGAGCCUCGAUAUUGAUCACAUGUCUGUCAAGAAGUUAGGCUUUCGUCCAGGGAUCUGGAUUUCCCGCAGUGGUAGUGCGAUGGGCGGCAAACGCGAGGAGAUGGAGGGUAAGGGAGAGAUAGAGCUUGGAGCCGCAUUCGAGACGUUGGGUGAUUUUGCUGAUGCUGCUGAUAAGGCCUUCGCAGCACAACGCAAAUGA